CAGACGGCCCGCGUUUUCCCGACGACGCACGCGACUCGGCAUUUCAGUGGACUGUCCGCCGUUGGUCUGAACGCCGGUGUGCGCCCGUCGAUAAUAAUAUUAAUAUCGUCCUCGUCGUCGUUUCUGUCGUUGUAACAAUAUUAUAAAAAUCAACAUUAAAAAAAAAAUCCGAAAUUAAACCUCCCCCGGCCGUGCAAAACGACGAGGCCGCCCACCGCCGGAUCAGUGUCGUGAUCUUUUUAUUACGCACACCUACCUACCGAUGUGACGGAGCGUGCACUCUGACCGUUAAUUUUUCAUCGUAAUAAAUAUAAAUAUAUUGCAGUAAUAUUCGUAACGGUAUUGUUUUAUCAUAAUAUUCAAAUAUAAUAAUAUUAUUGUCGUCAUCGAACCGCGGCGGGACGAUUGCGCGCGCCAUACUGAACGCAGCAAUAAUAUUACUGUCGUGUCUCAUAUUAUAUUAUCCGCGCUAGUCGAACCCGAUCGAAUGGUCCCUUUAAAACAAUAACGAAUUACGCGUCGUAUUAAACACCAUCGUUAUUCCCAAACACUCGCCACUGGUCGAGUGGUCGUCUGCCCCGCGCGAAACGGAGGCAAUCUUUUUUUUUAGAGACAUUUUAUUUUCUCCGAGACAAAACCCAAAGUGAAAACGAAGAACCGCGUUCGUUAAGACCAACUACGAGUGAGAACCUGAGCUUACUCACUGCAAGUCGAUAGGAAAAAAAAAUAUAAUAAAAUGGCUCCACAUGGGAUCACCUUCUUGAGACUGACCGGUUGGACGUGGAAAAUCGUGUUGGCUCUCAUCGCGUGCAACCAUCUCGCUCUGAUGUGGCCGUUCUUCUUCGCCGUCGGAUGCAACGCCAAGAUCGAAAACCAGUUCAAACUGCAGUCCGCGCCAGUUUUACGCGAACGUGGUGUAACACUCACCGAACUUCGAGUGCCGACUUCCGUGAUGGCCAGCAUCAAAAAUGGCGUCGUGCUUGAUUGCUUGUACACGCUACGUCCAAAUUCUAUCGGGUUAGUGGUCGCCUGGUAUUUCAACAAUAGCGCCAGACCGGUUUAUCAGUGGAUUCCUGGACAGAAACCUUUGAGCAUCGGCGUGUUCCGUCACCGUGCCAAUCUCGACUACAAGGUGUCUGACGACAAUGAUACCAUGCACAGGGCCUUGCACAUCAUCAAUCCGACCAUCGAGCUGUCCGGCGACUACAGGUGUGUCGUGUCCACGUACCAUGAUGAAGAUUUCAUGAUCAAAAGGAUGAUCGUCUACUCCCCGGAGAAGAAGUUUGACGUAUAUCAGAAGAGAGUCAAUAACGAUACUAUACGUGUAACUUGCAUGGUCUCUGGCGUUUACCCAGUACCUAGACUCACCCUCUUCAACAACUCGGUCACAGACAAACAGAGCUACCCGUUGAUUCAUUCCCGCGUCGAUAUCAACCGCUUGAAGGAUACUUCCUACGAAGUGAUCAUCAGCGUGCUUAUCUCCGACGACGACAUCACCACUCAAUCCACUUUGGACUGCGAACUCAAAAUCCCGGACACCCCAUACGUCAAGAGAAAGACUUUUGUUUUCUUCCAAGAUCCAAACGCUGCCAGCAACACCUACUCCACCAUCUUCUAUGCCGUUGCCUUCUACUGGGUCUUCAAAUUGGUCGCCUAUUAAAUUAAUAUCAUAGAUGAUAGUAUUAACCGCAACCGUAGUCCACAAUUUAUAUAAUAAUGGUGUAGAAUGAAAUUUUAAUGUUUUGCAAUAGACACACUUACACAAAAAAUAAAAAUUAAUAAAUUAAUAACAAUAAAAAUAAUUAUACAAUAUUAAAUUUAAUUACAUCAAAAACUGAUGUGGGAAAAAAAGCCAUAUGCAGCUAGACAUAAUAUAAAUAAUGUAGUAAUAAACAGGAAGCUAGAUAGUAACGAUUUAUUAUUGAAUCAUAAAACAAUUUCAUAUUUGAGAAAGUCAAAACUUAAAGGGAAAAAGUAAUAUUAAACCGUCAGAACAUUAAAGCUAGUAUAUCGGACACGCAACUAUUCACUUUAGUCACUGUGCUAUUGUAUUAUAAAUAAAUAUUAUUUACUAUGUAGUAUACAACUUCCAGGUAGGGGAUAAAUCAGUUGUUCAAAAUCAGUUUGAGAAAACAAUAAUAUUAGACAUCGUUGUUCAUUGGCAAUUAAGUAUCUUUAUUCUUUAGUCGUGUUUAGAAUUUUUCCCAGUCAUCACGAUAAUAUUAAUCAUUUCAACAUUAAUCGAAGUUAAAAACCUCUAUUAAUUCCGUUGACUUUUAUUCAGUUAAGUGUUUUAAUAUAAAUAUAUAAUAUUAAAUCCGGAAUUCGAGUUUGUAUGUUUUACGUAAGUCAAAAACGACCAGACUCGAUUUGAUAUUUAUUUUUUUUUUUACGGGUGUUUAUUGAACAUUUUUCACACAUUCAUUACUUUUCAUAAUUAUUAUUAUUAUCAUACAUUUCCCUCGAACUACCCAAUACUCACGUAUUUAUAAUUGCAUACAUAUUGUAUUUGGUCUAGUUGCUACUAAUGCGGGUUAAGCCAAUCAUUUCAUUUAUUAUUUAUAAACGGUUAAAUUAUUAAAUAGUACCUAAUACUAAUUAUUUACAUACAGUAUAUUAUUAUUAUUAUUAUUAUUAUUAUACUAUACCCUUAUAAUUAUAUUAUUAUAUGAUAUAAACAUUAUUAUUUAUCGAGUAUAUAUUAUUACAGCAUGGUAAUAAAUUACUAUUAUCGUAAGAACGAUUGUAAUCAUAUAUUGUUGAUUGUUUAUGUUUUAUAUCGGGAACAUUGUUAACAGCUGAUUCGUUGUAUUACCAUAAAAUUUACGCUUACUUCUAUAUGUUAUAUGUAAUGUUUAAGAUUGUUUAUCCAAAUAAGGAAUUUUGAAAAAAAAAAUGUAAAAGAAAACCUUUCGUCAGCGGCGUCUCUGGUGUAUCACAAAAUGGUAUUCCGAUUGGUUGUUUUUUUUUUUUUUGGAAUUCAUACCAAAAUAUUAUGAUGUUUCCGACCUGAACACUGCUGUUGUUAAAUGUUGGAUAUAAUUUUGCCCUUUUUACAAAAUUCUUGGGAUGAAUCGUAGUAACGACAGGAUGUUCUGCAAAAAAAAAUCACAAUACCUAAUAAUAAUAAAUUAAUAAUUAAUCUGAAGAAAACAAACUGAUCAGUGAUCACUAAGGAAUAAUUUGCGCAUAUUAUUGUUUAUAAUGUUUAUUGGUAAUUAAAAGAAAAAAAUUCACGUUCAAUACAUUAUUGUGGGCGUACAUUAAAGGAAAAAUUAAGAAGCAUACAUUGUAUCGGUUUCGUGUAGCUAUUUCUCCAAAACGACACUAAUACACUAUAACAACCCACUUAUCAUAAUGUAGUAUGCAUGACGUACCAAAUAACACUAAACGAAGUAUUAUAUUAUAUUUAUUCUUAUCCCGAACCUUAUACAGUCACAACAUUAUACUACUUAUCCUGUCAUGUAUGUAUUAAUUAAUUUAAGAUAAUAAUAUAAAUUUAUCAGGUGGUAAAUGACGUACAAGACCCGACAACCAGAUUAGUUUUCUCCUCUUACGCGAUAUACUAAAACGAUUCUUCUAUUGCAAUAAAAUAACGAAAAUGUAAUAAUGUUGUCUAAUAAAUAACUACCUACCCAAGCCAAUAGGUUUUUUUCAAAAAAAUUUAGCAACUCCGCCGGUUUAACAAUAAAAUUGAUUUAUUUACUGUAUUUGUAUGCGCACGAAAUAUACGCGAUCACAUUCGAAACUAUUGUAUUUUUUUUUUUUUUACUAUUUCAUAUAUCUAUUAGUAUAUUAUUCGCAAUUAUUAAAAUUUCGAAUAUGUAUUGAAAUUACUGAUGGCGAACGAUUACACGUUUAAACUUUGUACAUUUUUAUUUUUAAUACUGACCUUUCUACCUAUUUAUUGUUUAGUUUUCUUUUUCUUUUGUUGUUUUAAGUAACUACUGUAUACGAUUUACUGUAACGCCAUGUACAAGUUAAUAUUAUUUUUGUUUUCUUAAUUCACUUUACCUUUGACGUCAUAAAAAGCGCACAACUCGCGAGCAACAAAAUAACGGGAAAAAAAGAAAUAAAUAACUAUAAUAAUAAUAAUAAUAAUAAUAUUAUACUUAUGAAUAAUAUUGUUGGGGAAAUGCCUAACUUUGUUUCAUAUUUUUCGUGGAAAUGGAGGGGGUACUGCCAUAGGAAAAUUCCAUUGUCACUGUCUGCCAGGUUUUAAAUUAUUUGCGCGCACAAUGGUCGUGCGGGAAAUGAAGAAAGGUGGGGCUGUGUUCGGAACAGAUGAAAAAAAGAGGUCACCGCCCCCCCCCCCCCCACUUUCAAAAAUAUAAUAAUCAUAAUCAUAACAAAUAAAUAAAUAAAUAGCGUCAGGCUGUGAGGAGUGAGUGUGAAGGAAAAAGAAGGGUAUGAAAAAGAAAACAGUAAAGGAAAGAGAAAGAAUGGUAAAAAAACAAACGCACACGUACCUACUACACACAAAAGCCACUCGACGGACGGCAGCGACUCGACAACCACCGUGGUACCUACCACCGGUCUACCACUCCUCGAAUUUCUCCUACCAACCUACCUAAAUAAUCGCAUAUUAUUAUUAUACCUCUUACCGGAAAUGACGUCUUUAUAAUUUAUUCACCGUUGUUGCAUGUAUAUAGAGUUAUAACCGAGAGUCAUAAUAAUAUAUUAGCACAACGUAGGUAAACGUCUCGUAUUUACGAAACAUCCACACCAAGCGCCCCUCCUCCCACGGACACUACAACUCCCCGCCCGUCACCUGCCCCGUAGAUACCCUACACAUAUUAUUGUGGCCUGAGAUCCACGGGACUCACUUAAAUAGUAUUUUGAAUCGUCGGAUGUCGGACGCGUAAAAACACUCAAACGAAGAACUAAUAUGAGACUCGUCCACAGACCCUCCACUGACCAACCGAUACGGAGACGUUACUAGAAUAAGAGAAAACUGAAUAACGAAAAAUGCUCCGAACGUCCACCUCGCCGCCGUCGAUGCAAAAUGCUUUACGUAGUGGUAGUGACUUCGAAUUCGAUUCGGGCGACAAAAACGGAUACCGAACAUACGUAUUAUAGGCAUGCCUUUGCGCGAUAAUAAUAUUAUUAUACUUCUAGACCUUGUUUUCUCGUCGUCCCGUCAAGACCACCCGCACCACCCGCACCACCCGCCACCCACUCGACAACCCGCCCAAAGGAAAAGAUCUCUCCAUGUUUUUCGCCGGAAAUUCGAAUUUACACCUGUAUACCGCAAACACGGUAUCCCGUUAUCGGUAUUCAGAUACUUCAGGUCACGGACUCGACCUCUGGCACCACCACCUGGGGAUUGGAAAUGUACAUUUUUCCGGCAUUCUUCGCCAUUGUUUUUUGUUCAACACCGUACGCCGACCUCGACCCCCAUCGCCUAACGAUAAUACGCUCUCGGAAAAUACACAAAUGCGAUUAGACUUUAAAAAUAAAAUAACAUCGUCAGACGUCCACACCGUUGUACGUCAUAUACCUAUAGUAUAAAAGUUUUGCGUUACGAAGUUGAAUUUUAUAAUAAUGAUAUUAUGUAUACGAAUGUAAUAAUAUACUGAACUCAUUUUUUGUCCUUUUGAAACUUCUAAACAGUAAUAAUAUUGUUAACUCACCCGUUUACAGCCAGGACGGCUAGUCUGAAAGAAAAAAAGGAAUAUUCAUAUUUACUUGAAUCUCGCUAAUUUGUUCGUUGCAUCAGAGAAACUAUAAAACAACUAUUAUAAUACCUGCGAUAUUAUUAAUCGAAAACACUGCUCGAGAUGAUAUUAAUAAUAUUAUGCUUUAAACAUAACAUUGCAUACACUGUUUCGUUUACGAUUGACAUGACUAAAAUUUUCAGGCGUUCCACUGCAGAUACCGUAUAAAAAUAAUCAAUAUUCGUACCAAAAGUUUAAAUAUUCGAGCAAAAGUCCCAGGAUCAAAUUAUAGGGUAACAGUACACAGUACUGAUUUUACGUAUUUGACCAUGAUUCAGUUAUACAUAAUACUGUUGUAUUAUCGUCUGCUGUAUAAAAAUAUAAUAUAACUUUUUUUUUAAAGAACAUCUAGCUUCGAGACGGACGACUUCUCCAAACAUAAAGUUUAACAGAUAAAUUUAAUAUUUCUAGUCCUUGAUGCGGUUGCCAGUCAUAAUUUUUUCAUGUAAUAACACGAAUGAUACUGUAAACUAAUAAUAAAAAACAUUCCAUCAACAGUUCCACUAUACCAACUAACGAUCGGUGUACAUUGUACAUAUACAAUUAUGUUGUUUUUUUUGUAAUUUUUGUUUUUUACAUUAUCUACUACAACUAUAUAAUAUAAUAAUUAUAUAAUCUAGUACUCGCACGAAUAUUAAAUACUUAUUACUUGAAAAACUAUUAUAAUAUUGCACUUUUAAAAUUAAUUAUUUUAUUACUCUAUAGUCAAUAUACUCGUGGAUAUUGUAGUUUGUAUUGUGUAAGAAAACUUUUUGUGUCUAAAAAGAAAUUUGUGUUUCUUGUUUUUUGUUUUUUGUUUAUUAUUAUUAUAUUAUUAUUAUGAAUAUUAUUUUUUUGACUAAAUGAAUAAUAACAUGGUUGUGUGUACUCAAUUAGUAGACGUAAAAAAUAUUGGUUUCAUUCAUGAGUGCUGUAAGACACAAUGAGUUUUUCUGAUGAUAAUUAAAUUACUCGCGUUUUUAGUAUACUAGUUUGCCAUUUUCUUAGUUUAUAAUAUUGUUGUAUCAAUGAUUUGUAGAUUUAGAUUAUAUUCAUACAUAUUCAUAAAUGUUAUAGGUGACUAUUUAAUAAUAUUAAUCAUCCUUCUUUGAAACUGUCUUAUAACUAAUCUAUUUUGGAAUAUAAUAAUUCAAUAAAUAUAAUUUGAAA